AUGUCUACUACUACAUUACCCUGCAUUCCGUCUGUCAGAAAGCAGCAGCUCCAUUUAGAAUUCAUAAGCUUGCGACAUGCAGCACCACCAGGGGUCUAUGUAAGCCUUGCCCCGGGCGACCCAACUCUGUGGACUGGAGUGAUUUUUGUUCGCUCCGGCCCUUAUGCCUCCGCUAUUCUCCGCUUCCAAGUCCGCUUCCCAGAUGUCUACCCCGAUCUACCCCCUUCGGUUACCUUCAAUACAGAUAUUUUCCAUCCAUUGAUCGUGCCCCUCACCACUUAUACAUUCAGCACCAAUUCAGCAAGCGAUAACCCAGUCAGUGCCACAGACGAUGAGCGCCUACCACCCGGUGGCUUCAGUCUUCGUCAUGGAUUCCCUCACUGGUUUGGUCGGGCCAAGCGGAACGACCUGGCAUCGGCAGCUUCUUCGCGGAAGGUCAGUGGGACAAAUACUGUCGUGAAUGAGGGAGAAACAACUGCAAAGGAUCCUAUGGCACCGGACGAAGAGCCCGAAGUCACUACCACACUAGAUAUUCCGAGUGAUACUAUCGAUGAUCAAGAUAUCCAAGAAGGCGAAGAAAACACAGAAACCCGUAUUUCAAGUAUGCCUUCCAUGAAUCAUUUUGACGAACUGAGAACUGUGGUCCCUGUCGCAGAGCUAUUGGAUUAUAUUCGAUCAACUUUUGACGACGAGGCUGUCCUGGACUCGUUGCCGGUGGAGGCUGCAGCAAACCCCGGAGCAUGGCAUGCGUGGAGGGCUCAUAGACGGGAUGGUAUCGCCCCAAGCACGCUAAGACGAGAUAGCCCGCAGACUCGACUUCCUGGGGACUGGCACUGGGAUGGCAUUUGGAUACGUUUCUCACAGCUGGAUGACACAACGGUGAGCUCGGUGAAAGAGAACAUGGCGAACUUAGUCGCUGCAUUACUUAUCUCAUUGAUUCUGAUUCCCAUCGUCAUUCUUGUUUGCGCUGUUGCCGUGGCCCUUGCUUGUUCUGAAUUCUGGAGCACCCGAUCUCAUAAAGUGUGGCUUUUUCAUUGCUGCCGCCGACAACGUCGACAGCGGAAGAAGGUAUCUCGCUCCGAUAUCGAGAGCUCCACUGCCUCUGAAGGAACAGAAACCCCCGCAGCAGCACUGGAGUGA